UCGGAACAUCUCGGUAAUAAUCAAUAAUAACUUAUCGAAUGGCCGAGAAGAUGCGAUUGUGGUCAAUAUGCAAGUUCCUUCCCUUUUAUUUACAGUCGCCAUUUGUCUAGAUUAAAAGUGCAGAGAUGUUUUGCUUUACCUGUAACAGAGAUUGCAGGUUAAGGCCAGGCACCCCAAAACACUUGAGGCCCACAAAGCUGACGUGCAGACUGCAGGAGAGAAAAUUUGAACCUGGCAUGCUAAAACCAGAUGUGACUAUCAUUGAAGCCUUAAAAGAUGUUACUGAUUGGGAUGCCACAGAAGAAACAUUACUAAAUUAUGAUAAUUAUUACAUAUGUCAUGAAUGCCAGUUGAAUUUAAGACAAGCUGUAAACAAGAAAGCAGAAUUAGAGAACAAUAUAGAACAGUUAAAUGCGAAGAUUUGUCAAGUGCAAAAUAGUGUCAGAAGAGACUAUUAUAAAGGUAAUUAUUGUAGAGAUAAGGUGGGAAAAUGUUGGGCCUGCAUGAACCAGUUUGUCCCAACAAAUAAUAAAAAUAAAUGGAGUGACCGUACACAUUUAGCGUCACCUGUUGUUGAAGGCAUGAGUGUACAUGAGGCUGUAGUAAGCUUGUUAGAGGAACAGGCUGUAACAUUACAGGGUCUAUACCCAAAGAAGGUAUACAUAUGCAAGAAAUGUGUGGUGUUGUUACGGAAUGUGAUACGAUCUCAGUGCGUGUUUGACAGUCUACAGACAUUAUUCCAAGGUCAGACAGUAAACCAAAGUGUUUUUACUCAACUUUUAAAUGGGGAAGAAGUUCCCUUAGUAGUAAACACAAGUAAAGAAUUUCUUUAUGCAGAGGGCAAUAGUGAAGAAAGUUCAGAGGACACAGAAGGUGGUGGUGAAACUUCACCUAUAAAACCUGAUACAGACCAUGCUAAAUCUAAAAGAACUAUUAAAAGACCACAUGAUUUAGCAAAAGGUAAUAUGCCUGGAAAUAAAAGACCAGAUAAUCAUUCAAAAGUGAGAAAAGUUUCAAAAAGAAGUGGUGGAGAAUGUGGGAAUUCUGACUUGGAAUUGGUAAAAGAUUCUGACAGGGAAGAAAAUGAUACUGUAAAUUUGGAAGGAAGAACUGUAGCAGACAGAACAGUGUGUAAAGGCUUAGAUAGUGAAACAAAUGAGCAAGAUGGGAAACUUACAAACAUGGAAGUAGACAGCACACUAGGUUUAGUAGGGAAUGAGGCAGAUUCAGAUUUGGACAUAGAUGCAUAUGUUGAAGAAAAUGAGGAAUUAGAAUUGAAAAGGGGAGAAGUGACAAUUGGUGAAAGUUUGGAAACGAACUCAGGUGGUAUCAUUAACAAAGAUAUUGAAAGUCAGGAUAAAAGUACUGUUAAAACAAUUGUUGAAACCAGUAAUGAAGUCAGGAAAAAAGAUAAAGCUAAGAAACAGGUACAAGUGAAAAUACAGUUACAAGGUACUAACAUUAAGGCAUUAUCUCAGGUUGGCAGUAAAGGGAAAAAGGCUGAGAAACUAAAGAAAAUUCCUGAACUUGACAAAGGGAAUAUGGCUGAAGAUUGGGUGAUAUAUUACUAUCCUAAAUUUUCUGGGAGGUCAGAGUUCAUCAGGCUGUUAUUUGAGGAGACUGGAACACCAUACAAGGAAUGUGCUGAAACAUUUGCUGGUAUCCGAGAUAAAAUUGUUGACGGGAAGAUGGAAGGGUACCCACAUUUUGCUCCACCAAUGAUUAAAAAAGGUAAUUUUCAGUUAUCUCAGACAUCUGUGAUAUGUCGGUACCUUGGUGAAGUGUUAGGUAUAUACCCGGACACUGUAGAAGACAAACUUCACGCUGAACAAAUCAGUGCAUGUUGUCAUGACUACAUUGCCGAAGGUCGCCUCGCAUUUCACGGCAUUUAUCCGGUCGGAUCUUACUCCAUACAGAAAGAAGAAACACAGCCAUACAUAGAUAGAUUUGUCGCAGAAAGGUUGUCUAGAUGGAUGAAAUACUUUGAAAGGGUACUUGCAUCAAAUAAUGGCGGAAAAGGGUUUUUAUUCGGAGAGAAGCUGACUUAUUGUGACCUUAGUUUAUUCCAUAUAUUACAUGCCACGGAGUUCCAGUUUCCGGACACUUACAAGGCUGCAGAGUAUAUGCCUUUGUUAAAAGCAUUUAAAGAAAGGAUAGCAUCUAGACCUAGAUUAGCAGCUUACCUGAAAUCAGAUAGAUGGAGAGGAUUUUCUGGAGAUAGCAUGAUGUAGAUAAUAGUUUUUAAAAACAUUGAUGGAAUAAUGACAAUUAUCCUGCUAAAUUAUUAAAUGGAGUUGUCUCAUUUUUUAUCAUUAAAGGAACUCAAUAUAGGUCCAAUUGCCUUAAAUCAUAAAAAUUUGAAAUUCUUUAAUAAAUCAUCUUGUACACUUAAAAUAGAAAACUGUACACUAUAUAAUAUAUAGAUAUGCUCGUAAAUAAAAGGAUAAUCCAUUUUUGUGGGUCAGUUUUUUGGUCAAUUUGAGUGGAAAAUGUAGCAGUUACAUCAGAAUUAUUGCAUUCAUAUAUCUUUAAGACUCGGUUAUAUUAGGUGUGUAUGUAUGUUAGGUGAAAAUAAGAAUGUGAUUCACUGUUUGUUACAUAAAGUUGAUCAAACUGUCUUUUUGAGGGUGUAAACACAUUUUUUCAAGGGAGGUUAUAUUAAGAUAUUUUUUUCAUUUUUUUUUCAUAUAAUUUUUUUCCAUAGCAUUGAAUAAGGUUUGAUUUUGUAAAAGACAGUUAGUAUUUGUUCCCAGUGGAUGUUUUUAAAAAUUAACACACAGAAAAGUUGGUUGUUUUUUU